UCGAGACGCGACAGUCCGAUCGUCGAGGACGUCUUGGACGAGCCUCCAUCCUCGCCAGUCGCCAAAUACAUAAGCGAAAUACAUACACUCCAGACAAAUCUCUUUAUUAAGGGUAUGUGUCCCUUGUAUCUGUCACACGAUGGCAAUUAUAAGGAAUGCAUUUUUGGAUUAUGUGGACUGCAUUUUGAAAAGGGAAAAAAUCAAACAUCGAUUUAAUACUCCAAAUCUCCGAAACCCAUUUCGAAUAAACUGGAUCGCGAUACUGAUCGCAACAGUGUUGAUAUUAUUCUGUCAAUUCGCUCAAUCUGUCGCUGAACGACAAACAUCGAGUUCACAUGAAGGAAGGGAUUACGAUCGACAUUGCUCGAUCGAAUACCUGCGAAGAUCGAUGAUACCAGCCAGCCAUGCCUCUCAAAGCAUUGCCGAGGAUCCUGUGACUUCGCAGGACAUUCUAUCGCGUCUGGAGGCUGCCGCAGUUUUGCGAGGCAACCUGGUAACUGCGUUAGGCCACGUGCUUCUGCUCUGUCUCGACGAUGACGCGAGGGUACCCCUCGAGAUCGUCCAUAACGCUGUACGAAACCGCCGGGUCGCCGCCUACGAACUGCUACCCGUCCUCCCGGCGUUGAAGAACAAGCUGCCGAAGCAGCAGCUGUACAAGCUCCUGCAAAUGCUGGAGAGAGCCGACAAUCGCUUCGUCUCCGAAUAUGCCUCGCUCUCUAUAAACAUCUUCCCUGACAUCAGCGUCUUGGAACGAGCGCCGCUCGUCGACCUGUUGUCGAACGUGGACUCCGAGACGAUAGAGUCCAUCUCUCGCGAUGAACCCAAACGUCUGUCCUUGGCGGAGGACGUUGACUUUCUGUUGCGAGCGACUCGUGAUCUAAGAACGCUGAACCUGCACCUGGUGUCCGCGAUCCUGGUGAAUUAUCCGGAGUUCGAUCUAACGGAUCCGGAGAUUCACGAAGCCAUCAGCUUCGUCGCGCAGCAAAUGGGGGAGCGUUCGCGCGCGGAGGAUCCUCUGUUGCAAAAUAUAGCAGUGAAUCUGAACGUGACGGAUUUUCUGAGGACCGUCCUCGAACGCCUGGAGGUGGACGAGUUGUCGUCCAGGGCGACCCGAGAAGCGGUCUCGUUGCUGCUUCAGAAUCUCGCGAAGCCUCAUUCGCUCGCUCCCAAGUGGAAGGACAAUCCAAGGAGGCUCUUGACGAUUACGAACAAUUUUUACCCCGUCAACGUUACUGCCGUGGCGAAGUAUCUCGCGAAUCAUCUCGAGGACUCGCACUUUCGAGAUCUCGACAUUGGCUUCUACGAAACGGGAGAUGAGGCUCUUCUGCAAGCGCUGUCUCGUCUUCGCAGAAAGUCGAAUCUGCAACAUUUGAGCAAACCCCUGUCUUUGUUGACGUCCUUCGUUUCCCAAAAACUGGCAUAUGACGGUAAUGACGUCCACUCGGCGCCGAUUAGUCAAUACGAGGUGAACGGCUACCUGGACGCCUUCGACACACCAUGUUUGCAGGAGAAAUUAAACGACGCGAUGAGGACGUUACGUUCUCGCCUAUCCGAGGAUCUACCGUGGACCUAUGCCUUCGGGGAUAAACGGACCAGCGACGAUCCUAGAGAAUUAACGUUACUAUCGCUGACUCGUUUGAGGAGCAUUCCGAUCAGCAAACCGCAAGCGAUCGUCAUCGACGACUUCGUCUACAAAAACCGCGCUCUCGAUCUGACUGGUAAACGAAACCCACUCUACGACUCUGGAAUUAUCUUUCAAAGGGAUGACUCGACGGACGUGGAGGUCGACUUGUUUUCUCUGCUCAAGCGAAUACCAAACGUCUUCAAGAGCGAGAAGUUCUCUCCCAUGCUGAACUUUCUGUCCAAGCCGAACAUUCUCGACAUCCUCGGCUACGAGUUCAACAAGUUUGAGCAUGAAACUCCUAGAAGUCUGUUGUUAGCCAUGCUAAAGAGAGCGUUGACCCUCGAUUCUGUGAAAUCCGACGAUUCUCUAUCCAGAGCUCUCCAAAAUGCUCGCAGCUACCUCGAGGAACCGCUACUGAUCAACCUGUACACUUCGGAAGAUCUACAAUUCCUUCUGCAGCAGCUGCCUGGUAUUGACAGCGACUCGCGAUAUCUGCCGCUUAAAAUACUAUUCAAGAAGAACAAGCUGUUCAAGUACCUAUCAUCAAGCUUCAAUCUAGCCGGCGUACACGAGCCGAUGGAGAGACUCUUGUUAAUAUUACAGACGGUGAGCUUGAAGAUUGCGCAACCAACUCUCUCCGAGGCGCUGAGCUUUGCCCUCGACAACAUCGAUGGAUCGCCGCUGAAGAUCAGAACUUUCGUUCGGGUCGACUUUGUCUAUUUGAUUCAGCAAUUGCUGUCCCGCAAUAGCACAUUGCAGAAUGAAAUAUUGAACUCGUCUGUGUACAUGAACGUGGGUGAUUGGAACAUCUCCAUCAGUGGCACGCCGGAGAACGUCCUUGCCAGGGUUCUGAGCUAUCCUGUUAAACAUAUCGCGUCGGAUGGGCAUCUGGCCGAACUUGUGAAGCGAGCAGUGAGCAUCUUGGAAGAGGAAGAUCUAGUUGACAUCGAGAUCCUGAAGAGGCGGACAUUAGAGGCGAUGUUGGAAUACCUGCCAAACAACACGUACGCGAAGCCCGUGAUUCUGUUGCUGAAGAAGGCGAAUCUACUGACGCUCGUGCCAAAAUUAAAUCUCACGACGCUGGAAAACGCCAGCCCACGCCAAGCACUGAUCACGCUGCUGAGAAGCUUGAUCGAAUCUCGCGUGAUACGCGCGGAGAAACUGUUGGUGAGACGUGUCCGGGUGGCAUUGGACUCCUUGGACAGCAACGAGCAUCCUCGGCAGGCGCCGAUUUAUGCUUACCUGAUUCAAUCGUUGCAGGAUCCGAGCAACGUUGCCUACAAACCGCUCUUGCGAGAAGCGAGCGAGUUGCAGAAUGUGACGGUUUCGUCCGACGAACGACAAGCUUGGCUGCAGAGUUACCUCGAGGAGAUUGUCGCGAAAAACGAAACGGAAAAGCUGACAGAAGCCGCGUUGAUGGCGUUGAAAGAAAUUGGGUACGAAAACCCGGAUGAAGAGACGCGCGCCAGCGAGACACGGAUCAGUGAAGCUCUGUCGUUCCUGCCUAUCGAUUCCUUCGCUAAACCCCUACGGAAAUUAUUAACGCCAGAGUGGACUUAUAAUAUUCUGCCAGAGGAGCUUAAAAAGGAGGGUUCUCUGGAGAAGGAGGAACUGUUACUGGCGAUUCUGAACCAUGCGAAACAUCGGACUAACAUUGCCGAUAAUCCCGCUCUGAUGAAAGUCAUCUCCAACGUCGAGACAAAGUUGAAUGGAUGGAAAAUAAAAGUCGAGCUGUUGAAGAGCGCCGUCGUCGCCGCGAAAACAACCAUUUACGAUCCCGUGAAGAGCCUUCUAACUGUUACGGGACUCAACAAGCUCAGGGUCACCGUGCCUCCCGCUAAAUCGGUCAAAAUCUCGCUGCUGGGGCUGUUGCGUCUUCUGUUGAAACAUCCCGCGAUCAAACGAACCGACAAGAUCUCGGAAUUGUUAAGCGUCGUUAGACAAGACGUGCUCGCUUUCGGGAUGGACGCAGACUUGUUGACUGUUCUUGAUGAAGCGGGAAUUGCUUACACUGCCGAGCUCGCUCCCAUCAGACUGUUCUUGCACAAGAGGGGCUUCAGCGAUAAAUUUGCGCGCACUGUCUUAACGACUGCCAAUCCCGCGAAACGGUAUCGCACCUUGGUGAAUAUCCUUUGGCAGCAACGUCAGAUAAGCAACGAUACGCGAUUCCACGACGCGCUCUCGAUACUGAGGAAUACCGAUCCUGUCAGCGAAGAAUCCACGGGUACGUUGAUCUCGGAUCUAAGAGACGUAUUAAACUCCAUCCCGCAUCAAGUCAAAGAAGAAUUCAAAUCGAUCGAGCACCUGUUCAACGUCGAUCUUCUGGCCCGUCUCGCCCGUGACAAUGAAAUCGUCGAGUCAAAAGUGCCGCUGAUCACUUUGUUGUCCAAGACGGCGAGUUUACCGGAGGUCCGCAGUAAUCGUUCUGUAGCGCGUGAAUUGCAGAAACUACAGUCUUCAAGAAGGAUCAAGCAGUUGGCCGGUCCAGUCGUCACCGGUUAUCAACUCAGACCGUUGCUACUGGAAUUCGGACACGUUCAACAAAUCAAUAUAGACUAUCUCAAUUCCAUCUUAGAUCCUGAGAUAUUGAGUUACUUGAACCCAGAAGAAUUUUCCGACAUAUCCGACGAUAAUAUCGAAGUACUCAGCACUAUCGUUGAUUAUCUAUUGUACCAGGAACCGACGUAUGUUAAUUAUGACAUGCAAGAGCAUCUGCAAUCCUUGAAGCGUGCCUUGAUGCUAGUUGUGAAUCCCAACAAGACAUCCUCGAAGAGACAUCUGAGUAAGGAAGACUGGGAGAAGAUGCUGAUUCUGAUACCACGCAAGAGAGACUUUGCGCCUGUCAAGAUUUUCCUGCAGUCUGAUAAAAUCUACAAGCACAUUUUCAAGGAUGCGGAUUGGAAAUUAUUUUCCACUCCGGUCAAGAAGCUGCUUCAUCUGUUGUCCCUGAUCGAAAGCAGCGAGAACAAGAAUGUCUACGAGUCAGCGGAUAAGUUACGCAUCUAUCUCGAGAAACGUUUCAACUUUGUCACCGAGCAAGAUGUUAAGAGCAUGCAUCGUGCCUUGGCGAGUCUCAAGCUUAAAUACGAUUUGGUCCCGCUCAAAAUAUUCCUAAAUCAUGAUAAUCUGAUAAAGUAUCUCCCGCCAGACUUGGAAUACACUAGACACCGCACAUCAAUCGAUGGCCUCGCUGCCGUGCUGGAUAACUUUUUGCAGUCGCCCAGUUUGAGACAAAAGAAGGCUCUCCACAAGACCAUAACUUUGGUGAGAAAAUCCAUACGCGAGAAGACCGGCUUAAUGAGACGACUAUUUCGCCAAGCUUUUCACAAGCGACCGUCCAGCGAGGAUCUCGAAUUCAUCAGUUAUAUUUCCUCCCCGAAGAUACGGGAGUUUCUCAGUCCUGAAAAUCUGCUGAAUUUGUUGCCGCAAUCGUUUACCUUUGAAGAUCGGCCGACAUUCAAGACGAAAGCGUUACAUUUAUUGCGACAACUUUUACAACUGAAUAUUACGGACGUUCAUUCUGACCUGGAGAGACUUGACCGCGAGGUGGAGACAUAUCCCGAUGUUCCAGACAUCACAUGGGAUGAUUUAACGCCACUCUUGAACAUACUUCCUGUCGAAGGAAUACCUCACGUUGAGCUCAUCAAGAAAUAUAUAAGACCUUUAACAUUGAUCAAGUUAUUUCCUGGUAACUUCAACGUAAAGCAAGCACUUGAUGCUAAAAUGGCGUUGUACGAUGUUCUGUCGUUGCUGAGCGCGACUCUUGGAUCCGCGAAGAAUGAGAAGCUGCAAACAGUCUUCGACGCACUCACGAGCGAAUUGGCAAAGAUUAACUCCAACGUAAUACUGCAAGAGGCGUUAGUCAAUAGCGAUGACAUAAAAUCUAUCAUAAAGGAGAUUCCGUUUAAGCAAUAUAAGCAGCUCGAACCGCUUAAGGCUAAGAUGACGGUCAUGAACGUCGUCUCAUCCUUGCCCAUGAAUUUCCAAUUAACCAAUUAUAAGACGAAGAAACUACGGGUGUUGGCGGUUCUGAAUGAGUUAUCUAAAAGCAACGCAUUCGGACCCUGGUUACAUUCCGUUAAUUUCGCCAAAAGGAUCGUCAGCAAGAUGCCAAACGUACCCGUAAUGAAUGACACGGAAAUCGAGAGACUGGUAUUGCUAUUGCCGUUGAGUACCUUCUACAUGGAACAGCUCCUAACGAAUUGCAAACUGGCUAGCCUGAUGCCGUAUUUGCCUAUUCACUUCAACCUCGCCAGCCUAGAAUCGCGAAAGAUGAAAAUUGCCAAGAUUCUGCACUACUGCAAAGUGGCCAACCCUAUGAAUAUGAGCACGAAGCAAGCGUUGACCAACGCUGAAGCGACGUUGAAGUCGUCCCCCGAUUUCGACAUCACGUCAGAGCACGUGGAGGUUUUAAUACGAGCGAUCCCGUGCACUCAUUUCACUCUGAUAAAAGCUUUGCUGCGAUUCCUAUCGGCGACCAACAUCGAGUCGCUUCUUCCCUGGGAUCUCGACGUCUACCGCGCGUCGCGUACCUUCAAGCAGCGCGUCCUCGAUCUUUUGGCUGCUCUGCGAAACGUAAAGAAGCUGCAGACCAGGGAAAUGUUCUCCGCCCUCGAUUACUUGGAGACGAAUAUGGAAUCCUUGCCGGAAAAGGUACACGUUCCUCAGGAUCGUAUAACAGUUCUCAUGAACGCGAAGAUUAUGAGCGGUGCACCGUCGGUCUAUCGGGACUUUGUAUCGAAGACCGAGAAUCUGGUCCAAAUAUUGCCGCCGAAUUAUCGCUUUCAGAUCGACCCGUUAACUGUUCACAACGAAUGGGAGUUAAUUAUUUACAUGUCAUCGUUAUUUCUGCGCGACGUGAAGAUGAACGACACUAUCAAGAACUCCUUCAAGGCCUGCGUAGAUGAUAUGCGUAGACACGACAUGGAGCAGCUUUUCUAUAACAUAACUACCGGAUUAGAUAGUACGCCGUUCGAGCAGUUUGUACCGCUAAGAUUGUACACGCAAAGUCACCAACACACUCUAGUCGCGCCUAUCGAGGACGUUUUUCGACGCGCUGACCUUCAGGGAAGAAUAUAUACCACAAUCCGCGUGAUGAUGAGGGAGUUUAUCCGAAGACCGGAGUUGAUCGGGAGCAAAUCGGUGAUCGACGACAUGGAAGUGUUUCUGCACGAUUACGUGAUGUUGAAGCUCACUAGAGAAAAUAUGUAUGAGAAGCCCACAUCGUACGACAUCGAGCUGGCUAUUGAAGAGAUUCCGAACGAUCACAAGUACGAUGAUCUCAAAGUGCUCUUCCGAUGUCAGGAGAUACAGAUGCCAAUCCUAGAGAAGACCUUGUUGGCGGACGACACGCCGAAGCAGUUGCUCAUGGAUUUGCUAAAAGUGGCCGAGACGGGCGACGUAGACGAAAAGAUACGAAAGAGCGUCGAGAUCCUCAAGCCGGACGUCGCGCGUGGCAUUCGCGAGGAGGAAGUGGAACACGUGUUGAAACAGCUGCGCGAUUACAAGCACCACGUGAGCAAGUUGCAAGCUGUCAGAGGGUAUCUCGCGCGAGUUGGAUUGCAGUCUGUUUUAAUGAACGACACGAAAAACGACUUUCGCUUGGCGUACCCCACUUAUAAGCAGAGGCUGCGCGCGUUGAACGAGCGUUUGCUGGAGGGUGUACCCGAUCAACCGAACGACGGCGAGUUUCAGGCCGAGUUGAGAUACCUGAACCGAACUCUGCACAACGAGAAUAAGCCCGAGCGCGUGAUGCCGCGAACGAUGAACGACAUCAACAUCAACUCGCUGUUCCUCGCGUUGCCCAAGACGAGGAACGAGAGAAUUAUUCGCGGCGUCAUCAAGUUCUUUUCCAUUCCUGAUCUGCUGCGACAGCUGAACCUGCCCAAGAAUCCCUUCGAUUACGCGACCAAGGGUCGGCUCUUGCAGGCCAUCCUAGACCUGGGCCAGGAGCUGGAGAGCGUGCAACAGGAUCCCGCGCAGCAGGAGGCUCUCGAGUACUUUAGGGACAAGGUAAUCACCGCGGGACCUGGCGCGCAGCCGAUCGAGCUGAAGAAAGACGCGCGCGACUUCAACAUAGACAUGUAUGGAGCGAUGCGCGCUAUUAAUUACACGAAAGUGACCGAGAAGGACAUGGUGAACCUGACGACGUUCCUCGAUCGCAACAGGCUCGUGUACACCGUGGGCUUCAAUCACAUGGCGUACGCGACGAGGGGCGCGUACCUGAAGGCGCUGUUCGAGCAUCUCGCUGGCAUUUCCCAAGUGCCCGACGACGCGAAGCAGCUGAUGAAGACGUUCUUGCCGGCGAUAAGACUGGACGGGCCAGGAGAUGAAGGCGUCGAUCUCGACGUCGAUAUUUGCGAGAAAGCGACGCCGCAGACGAGGAUGUUUGGGGACGCGACGUCUUCUAACUCCAACUUUUCAAGACCCCUGGUCGCUCUUUUUACACGGACACCGAAAGCACCUCGCACACUUUCGAAGAGAACAAAGAGUCGCUAAAAACCGCCGUCGAUCUCAU